GGCUUCAAAAUCAAUAUCGUAGUGAGAUUGAUUUUAUUCUGCAAAACCCUAAACAGAUCGAAGGAUAGAAGAGGGAAAAAACAAUCAUGGCGGAACACUUAGCUUCCAUAUUCGGAACAGAGAAGGACAGAGUAAACUGUCCUUUCUACUUCAAGAUCGGAGCCUGCAGACAUGGCGAUCGAUGCUCCAGGCUUCACACAAAACCUAGCAUCAGCCCUACCCUUCUCCUCUCCAACAUGUAUCAGCGGCCUGAUAUGCUUACUCCCGGCGUCGAUCCCCAAGCCCAGUCUCAAUCUCUUGAUCCUCGCAAGAUCCAAGACCACUUCGAGGACUUUUACCAGGACCUUUUUGAGGAGCUCAGCAAGUAUGGAGAUAUCGAGAGCUUGAAUAUCUGUGAUAAUCUCGCCGAUCACAUGGUCGGUAAUGUUUAUGUCCAAUUUAGAGAAGAAGAGCAUGCUGCUAGUGCGCUUCAGAAUCUGAAUGGAAGGUUUUAUGCAGGGCGGCCGAUCAUUGUUGACUUCUCUCCUGUUACGGAUUUCCGUGAAGCCACGUGUAGGCAGUACGAGGAAAAUGUAUGCAAUCGAGGUGGCUACUGCAACUUCAUGCAUCUGAAGAAGAUUAGCAGGGAGUUGAGGAGACGUUUAUUUGGGAGGAAUAGGCGACGACGUAGCCGCAGUAGGAGUCGCAGUCCUAAUCGGCACCGUGGAUAUGAUGAACGCUCACAUGGUAACCGCGGCUCUAAUAGACGAGAUGAUCAUGUGGAUCGGCAACAUGAGAGGAGCAAGAGGCCUAGAAGUCGUAGUCCUGGGCGCAGAGGAGGACGAAGCAGAAGCCCUGGAGGAAGGAGGAAUAGAAGUCCUGUCAGGGAGAGCAGUGUUGAAAGAAGGGCUAAGAUUGAGCAGUGGAACAGAGAGAGAGAAAAGACAGAAACUGGUAAUAGAGACAGCCAAAAACCUGACAAUGACAGGAACAGCAAUGGUCAUGCGAAGAAUGGAAAUCAAUAUGAUGAUCCUCAGCACCAGUAGGAGCUCUAUGAAAGCAAUUGCCGAUCCCCUUGGAAUGUUCUGGUGGAGUACAGGUCCACUAUCUUGUGUUAUGAAAGUGAAAUACUAACUUUUGCCCUAUAAGCGCCUAAGUUAAAAGGGAGAGAUGAUUUAAAAAAUUAAAAAGAGGGGGAAAUGGCCCAGUUAAUGAAAAAAAUAGUUCUUUCUGGUUCUUGUGGUUUCAGAUUUUCAUUCUGUGCCAUGAGGUACUUUUAGGUUUUUUACCUCAAUGAUGUUCUUCCCCCUAUAAAAUGUUCAAUAUUGAAUCCUUUUCAAUUAUUAGUUUCUUUUGAAAUCACAAAAGAGAUGUCUAAGAAAUGUUUUGAUGAGAUGAUACUACAACCAUUUCCAACUAAAAGAGGACAGGAGGAGGCUUUAUCUGCUCAAUUUUACCUGUUCGUUAUAGUCAAUUGCUGGAAGGCAUGGGUAAUUAAAUUGUACAGGGAUUUAUCAUGGUCUUUUGCUGUUAAAUUUGUUUUCCUUUAAAAGUUAUCUUACGAACCUUACGAGUUUUGCAGGUUCAGGCUUUCCUGCUUCUCAGUAUCGGCCUCUAUCUUUUAUUGCAGCUUACCAUGAUAUUUCUAUACAGGUUGGCUGUUAAUCUGCAGAGCGUGUUUACAGGAUUCAAGUAUUGUGAAAAGACUGAGAAAGGGCUUCAAAGGUACAAUGAAGAAAGUUGUGGCAGAGUCAUUUCGCCAAUCUUGAAUCUAACUUCUGGGUUCCAAACGGAGUUUAGGGAAUGUCAGAAAACAGCAUUUCUUUUUCUGGUUUAGUUUUUUAAACAUUGUUAAGUUUUUAUAUGUUGUCUUUUCACCUUGGUUUGAUAUCAUUGGUUGAGCCUGUGACUGAGAAAAUUAUAUUUGAACCUGCUGGACUGUUCCUUUUCUUUUUCCCUUUUUCUCUCCAAUAUAAGAGAAACUAUGUUAGAGUAUUGGAUGUCUAUUUAUGUUGUUUUAA